AUGUCAAAACGUCAGACGAUUAAUAGUACAUUGACUAAUCAACGAAAUGCUGAUAAGUCAUCGUCUAAUAAUGAUGACGCUAUACCCAUAUCUGUGCAAACAUUUUUAUGGAGACAAAGCAAUCCAUUUAUUAAACAGAAGUUCGGUAACUUAACAGAUGCAUCGGCUAUUAGUUUUGAACGUGUAUUAGUUCAAAAUAUUCUUCAUGGUUUAUCACCAAGUUUAUCGGAUGCCAUCACAAGUAUUCCACGAUGGCUCUUGAUUAAAGCAGCAUUUCCACAUCUAAUGCAUGCAUGUGCUGCAUCUAUUGAACAUAGUCUUCAUACUCAACAACAACAAAAAUCACUAUUAUCUUCCUCUUUAUCUGUUUCACCUUCAUCAUUAAGUCAACUUCAAGUACCACUUCAAAUUCAAACAACUCAAAUGACAUCUGCUCCGUCGACUAUUCCAUUUUCUCCACCAUCUCCUACAUCUUCAUCAAUUGAAAUGUCAAUGAUACCUCGUGCACCAUCUCAAUCUCAACCAUCGCCAUUAUGUCGUUUAUCUUCCACACCAUCACCAUCUAUAUUGAACAAUCAAAAUAGCCAUCGUUUAGGUAAAACAGAAAUUCGUCUUUUACAUAUUUUACAUUGGAUGAUAUUAGACGCAUUCAAUGUAUGUAAAACUCCUGAACAUUCUGAAGACGAUAAUAAAAAUUAUUUAUUACCAUUAAGUACAAUUCAGUUGUUUAUUUAUUUAUUUAUACCCUAUGUUCACACCUAUAUACAAUGUAAUGAAAAAGAAUUCUUACAAAAUCCUGAUUUAUCUGAUGGUAUGAAAUUUCUAUGGCAACCACUUCUUGAAUAUCGUCAACCAGAUGUUCGAAUGUUUAAAGCAUACGUUAAACCUGCAACGAAAUAUGUAGAUUAUACUCGCAAUUCAUUUAUUAGUUAUGAUAAGGGACAUUCAAAUAAUACCACAAGUUUUAUUAAUAAUAAUGGAAAAAAUCGUUUAUCUGUUUUUGUCGAAUCACCUACACCAAUACCGACAACAAAUGUUAUUGAGGAAGAACAAGAAGAGGAUGAAAACGAUAGUGACUAUGAAAAAGGACAUCGAAUGCCGUCUACACGUUCAUUUUCCAUGACUCCAUUAACCAUUAAAUGUGAUUCCCAACAAAAACCGCUAAUGGAUUUAACAAACUAUCCAACUAUUCCCCCUCUUCCACCACCAUUGAUCGUAAGUACUGAUGGUAGUAGUACAAGUUUAUAUCAACAAUUACCAGUAGCAACCAUAUUUCAGCAACAAAUAGCAAAUAAAAAUUCAGCAUCAUCGGGUAUGAUAGAUUCAGAUACAACAACAACAAAUAGUUCAAUUAAUAAUUUAAAUUAUGUUCAACAACAGUCAUCCUAUUAUCGUGCACCAUUAGCUCAUAUGAGUUCCAUUUGUUCAAUAUCAGAUUCGAGUAGGCCAACAGUAUCACCUCAAAGUCCAGGUACUGAUAAAUUUAAUCUAUUGCCAUUACCAUCUCCAACAUCCACUUCCUCGAUUACAAGAUCGUCAUUUGUAUGCGCUCAAUGUCACCAACCAUUGACCACAAUAACGAAUGAAAAAGAUUCAUCUACUCUCUGUUUAAGUUGUAUAGCACAACAACAACAACUUCCAUUCACUAUUUCUGGUCCUCCUACUUCGUCUAAUCCAUCUUUAUCAACUCAAAAAUCAAAGCCAAUGAAUGAUAUACAAAAAUCAUCGAUGAGAAAAGAAUCAUUGAUAACAACUACAAAGAAAAAAGCUCAUUAUUCAUCAGAUAUGAUAUUAUUAGCUAGUUAUUUUGAUAUUGGUAUAUUACGUACACUAUUUAGUCCAUCAUGGUUAACAGAUGGUUAUCUAUGGUGUUUAGAAUAUUUACACAAACGUAUUAUCGAUAUAAGUGAUGAAUUAUUAUCCGAUACAACAUUGUCUCUUUUACGUAUUAAAAGUUUAUCAAUACCACAAAUUAAUAUUAAAGAUGAACAAGAGUAUUAUGAUUAUAUGAAAAGUCAAUAUUUUAAUGAACAAAUCACAAAUGAUAUUGUUGAACAACAAUGUAUGAUGACAACUAUUCCAAAUACAACAAUGUCAACAUCAAAACAUCCUCAAACAUUAUUAAAUGUACCAUUCAAAAAUUUUGGAAAAUAUAAACAUAAUCAAAAAUAUGAUAAUUUUUAUAAGAAAAUAAGUAAAAUUCGUUAUAUUGAUGAAGAAGGUGCAGAACAUUUUGAUCAUGACAAACGUAGUGAAAAAGACGGUGCUAUUCAUCCACAACAUUCAAGACGAUUAUUAGUAAAUGAAAAAUAUGUAAAAUCUAUACCUAUAGUAGAUUCAAAAGAGCGUCCAUCAACAAUUAAAUCUACUCAUAAUCAAAGUGAAAUAUCAUUACAAACAGUGUCAAAUAUUACACUUCCAAUAAUAAUUCCAUCAGUAACAAAUGAUAAUAAACACAAAAUGGAUAAACAAUUAAGUGUAAGUGAUACAGAUAUUAAUUAUAAAUUUCUUGAAGAAAUUGAAGAAGCACAAGGUUCAAGUGCAUAUAUUAAUCGAGAUGGUACAAUUAAUUUUGGUGUUCUAUUAGCGGGAAUACACGCAGUCAUUUGUAAAGAACAUCAUUUAAAAGUAUGUGAAUUAGUUAUGAAUAUAUUAGAUGUUCUACUGGGAUUAGCUGUAAUUGCAUCAUCCGAUGAUGAUAUACACAAACGAGAACUUUUAAUUGGAAAAGCAAAAACAACGACUACAAAUAGUGGUGACGAUACAAAUUAUCAACAACAACAACAAUCAGGUCAAGACAAAGGAGGAGGAGAUCGAACAGAAGAAUGGAUGAAAGCAAUGGAUGCAAAAGAAGAUGAUAAAUUUCAAUUGGGUGUUGAUAUUACAUUACGCAUAAUUAAACGUCUUGGAUGUCCUCAUUGUCAACCACGUGCAAGAAAUUUUACAUCAGAUCAAUUACGUGGUAAAGUUCGUUUAUCAUUAAAUAAAUUACGAACAUUGAAUCAACGACGUUUUGAAAAAUAUUUUCUCGAUUUAACAUUACAUGGAGAUCUUGUUCAUAUACUCGAUAUUUUUCAUGCCUUAUGUGGUUAUUGUUCCGAUUCAUCAGUUGGUCUUGCUCACUACGCACCAUACAUUCCAAUUAAAAAUGAUUUAUAUGCUCGUCAAACAUAUUCAAAUAAUUUUGGUAAUACUCAUUUGGGUUAUGGUCCAAAAGGUGUUGAAGGUUUUAUAUUGGGUGUUAUUUUUAAACCAUUUGUUACACGUCUCGUAGUAAUGAAAGAAUAUUUAAUGAGUUCAGAAAAUGUUGGUUUGUAUAGUGAAUGUCGAGCAUUUUUAACAUGUGUAAAAGAAAAUCAUGGUGGAAUAUUUCGACUUGUGGCAUUUUCAUCAUUAUUGGAUUCAGCUAAAAAAAUAAAACAAGAAGCAGAAUUAUUAACAAAACAACAACAAGCAAAUAGAUCAUCAACAAAUGUUCGACAUCCAAUAUUGAAUAAACAAGAGGCCAGUGGUGGAAAAUCUCGUUUCAGUCGUGAUUUAUCUGAUGAUGUUGAUAUUGAUAAAAAUAUUGAUUCAAUUAAAACACGUGCGAACAGUAGUGCACAGAUACACCCAUCGACUGAUGAAAAUAGUGUUCUUGCUGGAGGAGUUGGAAUAGCACCAUCUUCAAGUAUCAAAUUUAAAGGUCGACCUCGUGCAUCAUCCAGUGAUGAACGUACAUUAUACACACAUCCUGAAGAAACUUUAUAUGUUGAUUUGACAUUGAUACGUUUCGGAUUGUUACGUCUCAAUUUUAUGAUGGAAAGUUGUCCGCCUGGUUCUGUACCCGAUCCACAAUUUAUAAAUAGUUUAUUAACACUGGCACCAGUGAUAGCUAAAGCAUCUUAUUUACUUGAAUGUGCCUAUUUUGUUCGACGUUGUUCGAUUGGUCAAUGGCCAGAAUGGAUGAAAAUUAAUUUAACAACAUUUCGACCACAUGAUUCAUUUCCGGUUAGAAAUGGAAAUAUGAAUUCAAAAAUGAACAAAUUAUAUCAAGCAGCAGCAGCAAGAAUGUUUUAUGUUUGGGGAGAAGCUCUAUCAGCACAAUUAGAAUGUAUUCUUGAUAAUGAAAAUAAUGGGUCGGUUAAUCGUUCGGUAAACACGGGUGAUAAUGAAAUAUUAUCAAAUUAUUAUCAACAACAACAAAAUGAUCUACAAAGCUUUUGGAAUUACGAUGAAACACCUGAUGACUACUAUAAUGAAGCCAUUGUUAAUCGUUCUGGUCGUUCAUGUUCAUAUUCAUUACGUAUGAUGGCAUGUUUACUUUUACUGGAAAUUACAUCUUUUCUACGUGAAUCCUAUGAUUCAUUACCAAAACUCUCAUCAUUAUCUCAAAAACGUCCUGUUGGUGGUACAACAAGUACCGGUGGAACGAACACAGAAAAUUAUAAUUUGAAUGAAAAACGUUCAUCUCGUACGAGAAUAGGCAGUGUUGCAUCACAUGAUUCAAAUCGAAGUUCACCAUCCAUAUCAUCAGAACAUCCUGCUCGUAUGUCUAUUAAAUAUUAUGAUCAAUUUUUAAAUAACUUCUUGCUUCUAGUUUCACCACAAAUGUCAUCUGCUCCAUCAACCAUGCCCGUUCCAAGUGCCACAACGGCAACUAUUAUCAACAUCGGUCCACUACCAAAUGUUUCUUCUACUGGCGAACGACACAUAAGUUUUGCUGUUAGUAAAGAAAAUGAUUCAAGUGAAAGUAAUCAUACAGCAAUAAACAUGCCAGAAGAUGAUGUCGUUAUCGUGGAUGGAAAUGCCAGUAGUUCUAUGAAUGAUAGAAGAAUGUCAAUUGCUCCAAAACAAGGUGGUGGAAAAUCAAAAUUAAUUCGACGAAGUAGUGUUAAAUUACGUCGACCAUCAUUACGUAUGAAAGAUAGCAAAAGUAUACGUCGUCCAUCUUAUCGUUUUCGACGUCGUAGUCAUGCAUCGAAUAUGUCGUCUGAAACCGAUCAUCAAAGUGGCAUAGGUAGUCAAAUAGAACCAUCCGAUGUUUAUAAUGUUGAUGAAGAAUUUGAUAAUGCUAAUUUUGAUGAUAUGAUAAAUACUAAACCAUUCCCAUGGAUCAAAGUUGUUAUUCGUGUAUUAAAUGAUGUUCAUUUUGGUUGUGAUCACAUGAAAUGUUCGAAAAACUGUUAUGAAAAACAGACGGCAAGUUGUAAAAAUUUAAUACAAGCUUUAUUAAAUACUUACCGUCAAUCAUCUACUGUUCAAACAAUGACUUCAUCAUUUUCACGUUCAUCAUCAGCAACACAUCGUUCAAAAGAACAUAUAUUAAAACGAGACAAUACGCGAAAUGAAAUAAAAAAACGAAGAUUAUCAACGUGUUUAUUUGGAGAAGGUAUUGACUAUCAUACAGCAACAACAACAACAAUAUCGGGUCAUAAUACACAUGGAGUUAAAACAAACUUUGAAAUGACAUUUAAAAAUGUAUUUGAAACAGCUGAUCCAUGUUUUGAACAACAAAUUAAUACACAUUUUACAGGAAUUGCAUCAUAUUUAGAAAAACAAGUUGGCACGCUAUUUCAAGUACCAUUGAUGAUUUUAUGCAAAUCAUCCGUAUUACUGGAAGAUGAACAUUAUGCACAAGUGUUAACUUUCUCGUGGGAACUGUUGCUAGAUAAAGAUGAAGAAUUAGCAGCAUGUGCUGCUACUAUUGUAAUACUGACAGCAGCACGUGCCGGUCAUUUAGUUGAUAAAUUGUUUCAUAACGAAAUGGAAAAUGUGUCUGGUACUACUCGAUAUAAUGCUAUAUUAAAAUUUCAAACAUUAUGGCGUUUUCGUUAUCAAUUUUGGAUUCGUUUAGAAGAAGGUGCUCAUUCAAUGAUGAAGAUUUUACCACCAAGUAUCGAAUUUGUUUUACCAUCACCAGCAUUGGGUAUUUCAAAUUUACAUGCAGUUGAUCCACCAUGGCUACCACAUGCUAAAACUCGAGUUGAACAAGUAGCAUUGAAUCAAGAAGAAGUGCGAGCGGUCGUUACAGCAAGCAAAACACGAAAGAAACAUCAACAAGAAUUAUUACAUACAGCAUUAUUAGCAGAAGAGACAAGUAAACGUGUGGCAAGAGAAAAUUUUGCUAUGACUAAUGUACCCAUAUUACAAUCGGCAUCAUUUGAACCCCUUUUAUAUCAACAACGAGACGAAGAUGAAGAAGCUCAUAAUGAUGACGAUCGGUUUGUUGAAAGUGUUCAAAUUCGUCAAGCACAAGGUGCGUUUCCAUCAUCAUUCGGUGUUGCCGUGUUUCUUCUCGUGGAGAUGUUGGAAGAUGAAGAAAUUGUAGAAAACGGUGCAACGGUGUCCGAAGCUGCGCGAAAAGUAUUGUGGACAUGUUUGUUGGAUGAACCAUCAUUGUUAAUACGUUUCUUUUUCGAAAAAUUAUCACAUAAAGAGCGUCGUUCAAAAUCGUUACAAAUAUUGCGUCGUCUAAUGAUAUGUUUAGCUGAUAUUCCUCCACAAUUUGCCCAUGCUGUAUUCAAUUAUGUUCUUGGUCUAUUGAUGAGUAUGGUUCGUUCACCAUUAGAUGGUAGUCAAGAAUUAAUUGCCGCUGCUUUAACAUUAUUAUGGCAAAUUAUUCCUUAUCUACAUGGUCUUGUAUUGAAAGAUUUAAAACAAAUAUUGCGUAAAGAACAAGCUGAACAAAUGAUAUUGAUUACCGGAAAUAUACCAUCAACGAAAAAAGUCAUUAUACACGGUCCAGAUCUAUCACAAAUUCCCACUCAAGCAAUUAUUCAAGAAGAUACUCAAUUUAGUGCUGUUUUACAAGAAGCAUUGGAUUUUUUUGGUAUUCCAGAAUCAAAACGUGACCGUUAUUAUUUAGUUGAUGUAAAAACAACACAAAUACAUAUUCCCGAUACAUAUGUACGAGAUUUUUACUUUUUUCGACGUAAUGUCUAUCCACAAUUAUCAUUGGUGUAUAUGGAACAUAAACAAGCACAAAAACAACUUGAACAUAUGUCACUCUUUUUAAAAACAACAGAAUUAUCCAAAGUAUUAUUUGCACGUCAUCUGUUAGAAAAUACACAAUAUACCCAGAUACAUAAUUCUGUAACGUUUUUUCAUGAUGAACUAAUGAAAUGUCCAUUUUUUCCACGAAAACCAUUGGAAUCUGAUUAUAAUUUGUACAUGAAAAUGCCCGAUAAAGAAUUAUUUAAUUUGGAUAUGUUACAUAAAUAUAAUUGGAUUAAACUUAUUUCUUGUAUGUUUUUCAAUAUGGAUGGUAAAACAUCAACUACAUGGGAUAUUACACUAUUUUUAAAUGUUAUUAAUGGUGCGUUUAUAUUACACUGUGAAGAUUUUGCCAUGUUAAGAUAUUGUCUAGCAACAUAUAUUAGUACAGCUCGUCAUUACAAACAUAUAUUUGCUACAAAUGGAUAUCUAUUGAUAAUGCCAACAUUUUUACGAGUCUAUUCAAAUAUUCAAAGUAAUCCGAUGUUAAAAAAAGCUAUUGAAUAUUGUUGUAGACAAUUUUAUAUUUUACAUCGAGUACCAUUCAUAUUACAAAUGUUAGGUAGUGUUUCUCAGUUACUUGAUUUUGAUGAACAAGCCGAUAUAACUGAUACAAAUAAAAUACAACCAAUGGCAUUAUUUCGUUUACUAGUUGCAUUAGAAUAUAAUCAUAAUGAUGCAUUGAAAGAUGAUUAUUCAAUAUUAGAAUUAGUCAAAGAUGAUAAACAUACAACAGCUAUUACAAAUGGUAUACAAACAUUAAGUAGUAAUACAUUGGGUUCUGCUGCUGUAACAGGAAUUAAAACUUUGGACUUUUGUUAUGCUGAAGAUGAUUCAGUUUUUACUUUAUUAAAUUGUUUUGAUGUUUGUAUUACUGUUGUGGCUUAUGCACCUGAUUCAAUUCGAUCAUUACAAAUGUUAGGUAUUAUUGAUUUGCUACUACCUCGUUAUUUAGAAUAUUUAAAUCAUCGAACAACAACAAAUGAUUUGUUAGAACAAGCACGUGAAGAAAUAAAAAUAAUUGAAAAAUUAUCAAUUUCUAUUAAAACAAUGAUAACUGCAUCAGAUACAUUAACACGAACAUUUGCUGGACCAAAACAUGAAACAUUAAGUGGAACAAGUUAUAAAUAUUCAAGAGGAUCAAAUCGAUCACCAUCAAUUGUUCCAGACGAAGAUUCAAUGAGUCGUUUUAUUGAUGAUCGUAAAAAUAAAGUGCAAGAUGCUGAUGAACAUAAACAAGCAAGUGAAUAUCGAUGGCCACGUGAUACAUUAUUAUCUGUUAUAUCAACAUUUGUCCAUUUUUCAACAAAACGUUUAAAAAAAUUGAUAAAACUUGUUAAUGAUCCUCAAUUACGUGUACCAGAAUUAUUAGAUGCUAAAUGUCAUACACGUUUAGCCGAUAUUGCUCAUACACUUCUGAAAUUAGGUGGUUAUGAUUCAAUAACAAUGUCUUGUCGUGGUUUACAAAAUUAUUUUCAAAAAUUAUUACCAUGUACAAAUUGGAGUCAAGAAACAUUGCGACCAGCAUUAAAUAAUCUAUUAAGACGAAUGGAUAGAAUGUUUUCAAAAAUAUCUAAAAAACCAAUGUCAAAGCGUUGUUUUGAUUGGGAAGCAACAGCGGGUAUUUUAAAUGGAAUUUAUCUUACAUUAGAUCGACAUCCAUAUAUUGCACAUUUUCCAUAUUUGAAGAUGUUAGUUUCAGAGUGUAUAGCGUUAGUAUUAAAUGAAAAUAUAACUGAUUCAAGUCAUUCGGUGCCACGUUUUGAUACACUAGCAUUUCCCAAAGCAUUUUCAAGAGCUGUUAUCAAAUUAGUUGGACGAUAUCUACUUGCUAUUAAAAAUCAACCUAAUCUUGAAGCAUUGUCUGGUGGUGGUUGGUCAUUUCCUAAUGCACCAUCAGCAAUUAAUCAUUUAUUACAUUUUCUUCUUCCAUUAAUGUUUUGGGCGGGUAGUGGAAGAAAAGAUGCACCAAAAAUACAUCCCAUUGAUUUAUCCUAUGUGAUAACAAUAUUAAUUAAUUCAUUAAAACCAACAUCAAAAUUAGCAUCGGCCAUGGGAACGGGAGCUGUUGGAUCAGGAGCUGGCGGAGGAUCAAGUGGACAAAAACAACAUUUAACCAUUGGUGAAGCAUUAAUGAGUAAUUCAUUUACGCAUAAAUCAAUGAGACAGCUAAAAGAUCUUCAUCAAACAGCAUCAUUACUAGGACUAAAAGUUUUAAUUAUUAGUUUUACAAAAUACAUGAAGAAAGAAUGGCAACGUAUAGCACAAGCAAUAAAAUUAAUGUGCGCAAAACAAGCCAAUAUAUCGUCGACAUUACUCUCAUUUAUUGAUUUUAUUGUCUCUUAUAAAACGCCAAUAUUUGUUUUGCUAAGACCCUAUCUCUUCCAUUAUACGUCCACAAUUACAUGUGAAAAUGAUCGAGAUUAUGAAUUAAUUAGUCAAAUUCAACAAAAAUUAAUAUUUGAUAAACUAACACAGCCAAAAUGUACGGGUGAAAUUCUAAAUGGUUUAAUGUCAGAAUUAAAUCAAUUAAAAGCUGAAUUAACAGGUAUCUCAUUUGAAUAUACCAGAGAAUUGAGUCGACAAAAUGUACGUGGUAAAAAGAGAGUCAUUUUGCCUCGAGCUCCUCGUCGUAGAAAACGAGAUGAUUUAUUUGUACGACCAGUCGAAAUAGAUCGUUUAUCUUCUGUAUUAGACGAAUCUAAAACAUCAUUCCAUUAUGAUGCAAAAACAACUGAAAAAGUUCGUUUUGAUACUGAAGCAAUUGAAAUGAAAGAUCGUGAUGGUGGCGGUGGUUCAAGAGCAAAUGCUUGGCGUAUACGUCGUCAACAAUCAAGUGAUAGUAGUUUAAAUUCAUCUCCACGAAAAAAAACAGAAAAAAUACGCAUUAAAGAAGCAUUAGAUAUUCUAGAUGUUUAUCGUAGUCGUUAUCGUAUACGUUCUGGAGUGGAAGUAGCUGAUAUACCCAUUAUAUCAACAACCAAUUUAACAUUAAAACGAAUAUCUGGAUCUACCGAUGAUGAUGAUGAUACUAUAACACAAGAAAUUCAAAGCGUACAAAAUCAGUCACACGUGCCAUACUUGUCUCGAUCCAUAACAGUCUCUGGUGAUCGAAGUUUAGCCAUAGAUAAGAGAAAUUAUCAUGAAAAAAGUGUACAACAAACAACUGAACCUAAAAUGCGAACAUUUCGUGGAUUAAAACGUGAUACAGCUCAACGAUUGACUAAAGGUCCCAUGAAAGUAGUAAAUUUAUCUGAAAGUGUGCCAACAAUGACUUAUGAUGCAACGAAAGAAAUGAAUGAAAUGUUUCAUCCAACAAGCAAAGACGUUCAAGUAUUAUCCAGCAGAAUAACGGAUCAUUUUACCCCAUUACUCGAACAACAACAACAACAACAAAUAACUGACUCUUCACAUCUUGAAGACUCACGAGUAUCCUCUACUACCGGUGAUGCAGAGAUAAUAGCAUCAUUAUUUGCUUCGGAUCAUUCAUCAUCUCCUAUGUCAUCACAAAACAAAAUCUCAUUAACACCAUUGAUUUUGUCACUACCUCUUUCGCCUCCAGUUGUAACAACAAUUUCACGCACAACGAUACACGCAUCACCGUUCAAUCGAGCAGAAAUUUGGGUAUCUCGUUUACCAGAGAUGCCAAAUGUAUCGGAUGCUGAUUAUGAAUCACAAGUGUAA